CACAAGGAUGCAUUUGAACUUGCAAAGGUGCUCCAUCGAGACCUUGGUGUUGGAAACAUCGUCAUCUACAAAGGGAAGGGCUACCUGAUUGACUGGGACCUUGCAAAGUUGGUUAACAUUCACGGUCCCCGACAAACGACACGCACAGGAACUUGGCAAUUCAUGUCUGUAUACCUCGUCGAGCAUAAAUAUGCUAUAUACUUGGUCAAGGAUGACCUUGAGUCCAGUUUUUACAUUGUUCUGUGGACGACUCUUAAGUACAAGGAGACA